GUGGGUGCAAAGCAUCCAUUAAUUUUUCCCCAUGGUGCUCCAGCCCUGGAGCACCCAUGGAGUCAGUGCCUAUGCUCCUGGGUACAUCAUCACCAGGAAACCCUGACCCAAUCGAGGUAAUUUAAGUCAAGGUGCAGUUUUGGUGGCCCCUAUAAUUCACCACGGAUGGCUCAUGGUUAGUUGGCAAUGAUGCAUAUAUGAGCCCCACUUGUCUCCUUGUUCCCCUUGGUAGAGUUUGCAGGGCUAGCACUUAGAAAAACUACCUAUUUACAUGCGACUGGAGCAGACUGGAUCUGGAGUUAGACAAACCUAGAAGCGUACAAUGCCGUUUGGACAGAGGUACUUUUCAGAGGAGCAGCAUGCUAUAAAGAAACCAAAGCAAGAUUUCCUUAGCUUUCUGGGGAACUGGAGCACAGGAAACCCAGUUCUCCCCCUUUCUGUGGCUUGGGCAGACCUACUGCUGAUCCAGACAGCAUUCUGGGCGUGGAGGAUUUGGGUAGGAUUAUGAAAUGCCUUACGCCCAUUAGUAUUUCCCAGCUGCAGUUCUGUUUCAGGAAACAGAAUAGAUUUGUGCAAAAAGAAGAAGCAACUGGGAAACUCUGUCUGACAGUGAGUAGUGGUUAGUGAAGGGUUUUGAGUGAAGGAGGGUCCCAAGCUGCUCACAAGAGAAAACCACUGACAUCUUAAGGACGCCCUGAAAGCUAAAGGAAUCGAGCUGCUUCCUUCGCAGGAAAAUAUUGCAGGCUAUUCAUCAUGGACAUCACUCAGCUGUUUGUGGUUAUCCUGCUCACAGGACUGAAACUCUCUGAGGUAGUGGGUGACUGCUCCUUCAAUAAGUCCCAAAGUCACUGCACCUGCUCCCUUUUGGAUCUGGAAAAUGGGGGAAACCUCUUUCAGUGCUUACCUGCCUUUGUCUUUGAGCUUCGAGGAGGAAACUUGGAGAAAUAUGUAGGUUUUGCAUCAAACACAGUACAGCAACCAGUGCUCGACAUUCUACAGACGCUGCAGGUGACCAAGAUUGUCUUUGGAGAUCUCCUUGUGCCAGAGGUUCUCUUGGCAGCUGUCAUGAAGCUCACUUACUACAUGCGUAUUACAGAUAUCGAGUUUGAAAGCUGCACUUUCCUUGGAAAUGCCAGCUGGUUCCAGAUGGACAGGUUGAUUCUACCGGUCUCCUCAUUACGCUUUCAUAACGUGACCUCCGCCUCCCUGGCUAACAGAGACAAAGACUUCACCCACCUGAGUAGGUGGCUGGAGACCCUGCAGAAUCUGACUGUGACACAGUCUCAGGUCACCUACAUUCCAUGCAGCAUUGGCAAGGUUUUCAGAACCUUACGCUAUCUGGAUGUGUCAGAAAACCACCUGCAGGACCAGAGCAUGAGGCCUUCAUUUUGCCAGGGGGCUUUUCCACAACUCCAAGUAUUAAAACUCCAUCGCAACAAUCUGAGCUCUUUCCACACCAUGUGUGAAAUGCUGCACCAUCUGAAGAAGCUCGUCCACUUAGACCUGAGUCAGAAUGACCUCCUGGCUAUCCCCUCCUCCUCAUGUCAGUGGCAGCCAUCCCUCCGUAUCCUCAACUUGUCCACCACAGGCUUAGAUCAUAUCACCCUUCCUCUGCCUCCCAAUGUUGAAGUAUUAGAUGUGAGUUCCAAUAACCUUCAUGCUCUAGAUCUUGCACUCCCCUUCCUGAAGAAACUUUACCUGUCCAACAACAGGCUGCAUGCUGUCCCCUCAGCCAAGAACUAUCCUUCUUUAGAAGUCCUCAGUCUAGAUGGAAACCUGAUCUCGCACCUCCCAAGGGAUGAGCUGCAGUCUCUGAGACACCUGCAGAGCCUAAGGGCAGGUCGGAAUCUCUACAACUGUUCAUGUGCAGGUGCCAGUGAGAUCCAGGCCUUGGCGAGCAUGGAGUCCUUGAUACCCGACUGGCCUCAGAACUACACGUGUGAGUCCCCAUCUCACUACCAGGGCAUGCUGGUGAAGAAUGUGCCUGCUUCAGUGCUGCAGUGCAACAAGGCCAUUGUGAUAAUUCCUGUCGCUGUACUUCUUGUACUGAGCUGCUUGGCUGGGAUCAUUUGCUUUGCCAGACGUAAAGCACGGUCUGGCUAAGCCAGUAGCUAGCCUUUCACAGCAAAGGCUCUGCCCUUCACAAGGCAGGACAGGGGCUGAAGGACAUCACUGCUUGCAAAUGCAUAUGAUCUUGAUGACCAAGUUGCACUAAAGCACUGCUGCCUGAGGGAGCGGGCUGUCCUGGGGCUGCCACCCAGCCUAAUGGGCUAGGAAGAGCAGAUCUCUAGCCAGCUCCCCAGGAUUAAAUUGACAGAGACAUCAAGUUCAGGCCGUUCCUUCAGGAGGGAACCCCUGAGCACUGCCCCCCCUCCCCGCUCUGUGGGGAUCAUAUGCUGGAUGGUUGCAGACAUCUGAGGUACCAGAUAGAUUUUUGGCAUCGCUUUAAAGUACAGGUGUCAGGGGUGGCUCUAGCUUUUUUGCCGCCCCAAGCACGGCAGUCCGCAGCCUUCGGCAUCUUGCCUGCAGGAGGUCCCCAGUCCCGCGGAUUUGGCUGCAUGCCUGCAGGAGGUCCACCGGUACCACGGCUUCAGCGUACCCGCUGCUGAAUUGCCGCCAAAUCCACGGAACCAGUGAACCUCCUGCUGGCAAGCCGCCAAAGGCUGCUUGACUGCUGCCCUCGCAGGGACCAGCAGGGUGUCCCCUGCGGCUUGCCGCCCCAGUCACACGCUUGGAGCACUGGUGCCUGGAGCUGCCGCUGGCAGAUGUGAUCAGAAAAGUAACAGUGCCCCACUGAUGUUAUGGGGUUCCCCAUUCAUGUUGGCUUGCAGAUCCUGGAGCAGAGUGAGCAAGCAAGAAAGAGGAGACUGAAUUCUUUAUUCAAGCAGACUCUCUAGCUUGUAACCUCCACAAGUUAGUUGAAUUCCUCUGUCUCCCAGCUGCCUCCAGUGUUUUCAGGAGGAUUGAAUGUCCUCCCUUCUGCCCUAUUCACUUGGGCCAGCUCUACACACAGAUUGUGUCCAGAUAGAAUUUACUAGAUUGCUUAAAGGCAUUUUUUGUUUUGUUUUGUUUUGUUUUUUUACCAAUAUAAUCAUACUGGUACAGCUUCUACAACCCACUACAACAGUGGACACAGUUGUAGUGGGUAUAAAUGUGCUUAUACUGAUGUAGCUUAUUCCCCGACCCAUACUGGAAUAAACUGGACCAACAUAAGCACCUUUAUACCAGGAUCACUGCAUCCACUGCGGGGGUUGUAACAUUGCACUCUAUAUGAUUUUAUGAAAAUAUGAUAAUGUAACUGGAAUGCGCUUCAUGCAAAAGGUCUCUUGUAAGGUAUCUUUACAAAGCUUAUAAUCUACUGAGUUUGGUCAUCCUAUUUGUAGAAAUAUACCACUCUUGUAUCUGAAACAAAAAUAUGAAAUAUAACUCUCAGGGCCUAUUGUAAUUAUGCAAAGUGUGGGCCAUUAAUGGUGGUUUGGAAUCUUGAUGACUCCCAUUAACCAGGACAAUUGACUGAAGAUGACUCUGUUUUACCUGUAAGUCUUCCUGUAUAUGUGUGUGCUGGCAAGUGGGUAAUGAAGUCUUACAGUGACAUGUGAUCAUGUCACCUGAACUGGAAUCCAUCUUUAACCUGGUGCUUUUCCAUUGAGAAGGUGGGGGGAACCCAGAGGGACAAAGGAUUCCCGCCUUAUGCAAAAGAUAUAAGUGGGUGGAACAGAGAGAAGGGAGCAGCCAUGAUGAGGAAUCCCCUAGCUACCACCUGAGCUGGAACAAGGGCUGCACCAGGGGAAAGGAUUGUGCCCAGACUAGGAAGGCGUCCAGUCUGUGAAAGAAAUGUAUUGAAACAUCUUGAGGGUGAGAUCUUAUCUGUAUUCUGUUUUUUACUGUAUUAGACAUAGACUUGCGUGUUUUAUUUUAUUUUGCUUGGUAAUUCACUUUGUUCUGUCUGUUACUACUUAGAACCACUGAAAUCCUACUUUCUGUAUUUAAUAAAAUCACUUUUUACUUAUUAA